AAUACAGUUGAACUUCACUGAAAACUAAUGAUGUGUUGAUGAGUUCAAUGAAUCCUUCGAUUCCUUUGGUUUUCUUGGCGAACUGACGUCCGACAAUCAAUGACCCGUUGACGUGUACCUGCAAUACGCCAUUGCCGUAGUGUGUAAACAGAUCUAUUUUUGGACGAAACUCAGCCCCUCACAAACUUUGGUCGAUUUCGCCAAUGAUGACACUGCUUCUAGACUGUACCACAGCACGUUAGCUGUAGCAGCGCUAAGCAAGAGUCAAGACAAAUGUCCGCUGCCAGCCGCUGCUGCAGUGCUGGAUCCCCCAUCAUCAGAUUCAGAGUCAUGCCCGCUGAAACGACGAGUGAUCAUAUCAACAUUGUUGUGGUGAUACUCUACACCAUCCCUUCGCAAUUCCCACAGCUCGUGAACACUGUUCACUAAAAGAUUGGAGAAACAAAUCGUCACAAUUCCGUUGGCGUCAUAUGCAAUUUGAAUUGCAGCAGACGUCGCAGUUUAACAAGACCCAGGGAGCGAAACGAUUUCGAUUCGGAGCAAACGUCUGGGGCGAAAAGGUAACCGAGCGAAACGACCGGAUACCUGUCAGUCAGCAUGGCGCAGGGAAAGUUGAAGACGAAGUGCUCAGUUCCAGCUGGUUCGAAGCAAAAAUCUCAGCAUAACAAAAGGCCACAAGGCCCAAAGAAGGGUGCUCGAGCCAUUGCUCCAAAGAAAGCCAAGCAAGUUCAGGCAUCAAAACUGAAGAAGGAUCUUGAAAAGGCCAUCAAGAAAUCAAUUGAGGAAGAAGUGAUUGGCACAGCAGCUAACAUCGAGUCAAAGUCGUUACAGAUCUUAAAGUCAAAACACGACAAGAAAAAGGAGAAAAAAAAGUGAUGAAAGGCUUUGAUAUGUACGGUAUACCAUACAUGUACAGUGAAACCUCCCUUAGUGGACACCUCUCUAUUAAGGACAACCUCUCUAUUAAGGACACUAGUUUUAUUCCCAAAUUGGUUGUUGCCAUUCAAUUUGACCUCUCUAAUCAAGACACCUCUUUAUUAAGGACAGUACUUUUCAGUCCCAAGGAUGCCCUUAAUAGAGAGGUUCUACUGUAGUUGUAUUGUCCUGCAGGUCAUUUUAAAGAUAGGGUGUCCACUACCAAGUAAAAAGGAAACUUAUGUGCUGCCAUCUUCAGUCGAGGAUGAAGUGUGGGAGUUCACUUUCAGUUGCCGAUUAUUCGUAUCCACUUCAGGAAUUGCUAACUAAUUUUCUCAACCGGCAUGGCCAAUGUCCACCUUCCUUGUAUUUUAUGAAUCAUGUAUCUGCUGUAGAAUAUAUUAUUAUGUAAAAACAAAAUCUUGUAUAAAAAAAUUGGUUAGUAUCAA